AUGUCACUACAAACCCUACCGGUUGAAAUCCUAUGUAUGAUCAUUCGUUAUAUAGGCAGCGACCAGCUUCGCAAGCAGGAAUCCUGCUGCUUGGCAGUUUUCAAGGUUUGGUAUCAGAUUGCAAAGCGCAUCCUGCUAGAAGACCUCCGAAUCAGUGCGAUACAGUUGGUACAAGCUCCCGACAAUCAGUACCCGACGCUGAGGACAUCCCUGCGACGACUCAUACUUGAUAUACAUGGCCCCGAGGAUUGGCCCGCCGAGCAGGACAUCGAGAGAUUGAACCACGCACUCAUUUCAGUGACUGAAAAGAGCGAUCAUUUAACAUCGUUCACUUUGCUUGUCCGCAGAAACUACAAUCCGCGACCUCGCCCGCAUUAUGCUUCAACAUGGAACCCAACUCCAUUUUUCAACGUUCUGGGUGCCUCCAAGAUCUCACAUCUUGUCAUUGAUACUUGGGGAUCUAAUAUGACCUCCUCUGUACAUAUCUGUCCUCGACUAGCGCUUCAACUCCCUUCGCUGAAAUCUCUUUGUCUACGCAUGUAUUCGAUCUGCACAGAGGUUCUUGAAUUUCCGCGGGGCGACAGUGCCACGCCGUCACGAAUUGAGAGUAUCAUCAUCAACCUCAGUCCCCAAGAUUCCCAGCGAAUGUCCAAAAAGGAUCCCGAGUAUUGUAACGGGCGAAGGCUCCUGUACCACGCAAUGGCGUCGGAAGGUACUAAAAUUGCAAAACAAAUGCCGAGCCUCAAGGUGUUUAGAAUUCUACGGCAGUGUCACGCGAUUGCGAGUAUGGAUUGUACGAACUGUAUUACUGGGAUCGAGACAACUAUUGCUGGGACCGGUGACUUGGAAGAUAGACGGGUGGUUGAACCUGAUGAAGCGUCACGCACCCGUUUUUCGUGGAUGAACAGUGAUUUUUCAAGCUGA